GUCUCCUCACUCCCAUCUCAAGGCUCACCCACACAAACACCCAACCAACAUCACCUCACCUCACCUCACUCACCACCAUUGCCGCACUUCAGAGCAACUCGACCCAUCGACACCGGCCAGACACCACCUCGUGCACGACCACCAUGGACCAGUACAACUACGGCGGCGGCGUGGCCUACUACGGCAGCACCACCGGCGGCGUAGGCGACAACGGCCAGGGCGGCGGGUACGCGACGGUGACGUCGGCGCCGCCGAAGCGGCCGGCGGGGCGGACCAAGUUCCGGGAGACGCGCCACCCGGUGUACCGGGGCGUGCGCCGGCGCGGCGCGGCCGGGCGGUGGGUGUGCGAGGUGCGCGAGCCCAACAAGAAGUCCCGCAUCUGGCUCGGCACCUUCGCCAGCCCCGAGGCCGCGGCCCGCGCCCACGACGUCGCCGCGCUCGCGCUCCGGGGCCGCGCCGCCUGCCUCAACUUCGCCGACUCGGCCACGCUGCUCGCCGUCGACCCCGCCACGCUCCGCACCCCCGACGACAUCCGCGCCGCCGCCAUCGCGCUCGCCGAGACCGCGUGCCCCGCCGCGCCCGCGUCCUCGUCGUCCGUGGCCGCCGCCGUGGCGUCCGCGCCGGCGCCCCCGAUGACGAUGAUGCAGUUUGACGACUACGCGAUGCAGUACGGCGGCAUUGGGGACUUGGACCAGCAUUCCUACUACUACGACGGGUUGAGCGCCGCCGGUGGCGACUGGCCGAGCGGCUCGCACAUGGACGGAGCCGACGACGACUGCAACGGCAGCGGUGGCUACGGCGCCGGCGAGGUCGCGCUCUGGAGCUACUGAUCGAGCUGCUCGAUUGAGCCAUUCUCCAGCCCGGUCAGCUUUCUCCGAUGGGGCUGCCGUACAACAUCACUCAGCGUAGGAUAAAGAAGAAGCAGAGAGGGAACGGGAGCUUCAGUUCUGAAGUAGUACUAGUACUAGUUCUGUGUUCGUAAAGCAGAGAGGGCACGGGAAUGCAAGUUGCAUCAGCCUGUUUCCCUCCUUAAUUUUUUUUUUCAUUUUUUGAUGUUUUUUUGUUGGCAAGAAAAUUUUUGUAACA